ACCAAAAUGGCGAAUGUAUUGGGGGAGAGGGAUCAGUUUGUAAUUUUCUAGCACUUUGGAAAUUAGACUGGGAGGAAACUUCUGGUCAUUUGCAACAGAAGGACGUUUAUGAGGAGGAAGACGCAAGUCUUUGUAGAGAUAGAACAUUUUACUGUAUGAAGCGGUUUGUCAGGCUGUAGAGACCGAAUGAGAGACGCUACGGGAGUGGGGAAUUUAUCUGUCCACAAAAAAACGCAUUCCCACAGAACCCAUAAGACACCCGUGUCCUUGGCUAAACUGCCAUUCAAGGAUGGACAGAAAACAAAAAAGCUUGCGAGGAAAUUUGAAGAAGGCCAGGAUGUCCUAGCCCGAUGGUCAGAUGGCUUGUUUUAUCUCGGGACUAUCACAAAGAUAAACAAACAUAAACACAGCUGCUUUGUUGUCUUUGAAGACAGUUCGAAAUCCUGGGUUCUCUGGAAGGACAUACAAACUGGAGCAAGUGGUGGUGGGGAGAUGGUCUGCACAAUAUGCCAGGAGGAAAACUCAGAAGCACCAAAUGAGAUUGUUAUCUGUGAUAAGUGUGGCCAAGGAUAUCACCAGGCGUGCCAUGCACCAAACAUUGAUUCCAGCGUGAUUGGAUUGGAUGAGAAGUGGCUUUGUCGCCAGUGUGUUUUUGCAACGACGACCAAGAGAGGCGGCGCUCUUAAGAAAGGACCGAAUGCCAAAGCUCUUCAAGUCAUGAAGCAGGCGUUGCCAUACACGUUGGAGGACCUGGUGUGGGAUGAGGGCCAUAAAACUAAUAUCCAGCAAUGUUAUUGCUAUUGUGGGGGACCUGGAGACUGGUACCUGAAGAUGCUGCAGUGCAGUAAAUGUAGACAGUGGUUUCAUGAGGCCUGCAUACAGUGUUUCCAAAAGCCAAUGCUUUAUGGAGACAGGUUCUAUGUAUUUAUUUGUUCUGUUUGCAAUUCUGGACCAGAGUACCUCACACGCCUACCCUUACGAUGGGUAGAUAUAGCACACCUGAGCCUUUACAAUCUAAGUGUUAUUCACAAGAAAAAAUACUUUGAUUCAGAGCUGGAGCUGAUGGCAUACAUUAAUGACAACUGGGACAGACUACAACUUUCUGAUCUUGGAGACACUCCAAAAUGUGACAGAUACGAUAAUAUUCUAGAAGCACUAAAUAAAAACAAAACCAUGUUUAUGUCUGGGAAAGAAAUAAAGAAAAAGAAACAUUUGUUUGGGCUGAGAAUUCGUUUUCCUCCUGCUCCUCAGAAUACAGACUCGAAAACAGCACAAGAGCCAGAGAGAGCCUCCCAUGAAAUCAAAAUCAAGGGCAGAAAGUCUACAAAGCCUCUACCAGACAGCAGUGAAGUAACAAAUGGAGUAGGAAGAAAAAGAAAGUAUGUAGGUCAUUCACAUGAAACGCUUGCAAAACUGAGACGGUCCUCAGAGCUCUCAACCCAGGAUCUGGACGAACCACCGGUCUUUGAAAACAAUUCCUUGGAUCUGCUUUCUUUAAAAAGGAGUGAUAAAUCUGCACAGUCCUCGAGUACCUCGGAUGUGGAAUCGACUGGUGCUGCAAGCACCACUGAAACUACCUCAACAAGCAUUUCAAGACAGUCAAGUUAUUUUAGCUCCAGCAGGAGAACCCGUGCAGGCAGACUGUGGCCCAUCGCUCGCCCCCCUCUGAGAAGAGGGAGGAGGCGAGGACGGCGACCUCGAAGGACACUCCAGACUUCAAACCCAGAGAUCGAUGGAGAAGAAGAACCCAAGGACGACUGUCAGUUCUCAGGAUUAGACACCGACCUUGUUAGCAAUUUAGAUCAGGAGGUGCAGCUAAAUCACCUGAAGAAUUCCAUCACUAAUUAUUUUGGUGCUGCUGGAAGAAUGGCUUGUGGGGAAAAAUACCGUGUUUUGGCUCGUCGUGUAACUCUCGAUGGGAAAGUGCAGUAUCUUGUGGAAUGGGAGGGAGUUACUGCAUCGUGAGCUUGGAGUCGCAUUAUGUUCACUGCAGAUAUUCAUUCUGUAGAGGCAUGUUAUGUGGCUGAGAAGGAAUUAAUAAUGUGACUUUUUUUUAAUAUAUAUAUAUAUAUAUAUAUAUAUAUAUAUAUAUA